AUGACGACAACAUCCACUGCUGCGGCCGGGGGUAAGAAAAAGGGUGGUGCCGCCGCUGCCACCGCGGUCGAUCUCAAGACGCUGCAAGAUCCGCCCUUCUGGAAGGACCGCUACGCCCUCUUCGACGAGCUGUACGCCGCCCAGCAGGCCAAGUACGCGACGGAGCAGGCGCCCAUCACCGUCACGCUGCCCGACGGCAAGCGCAUGGACGGAACGAGCUGGCAGACGACUCCCAUUGAAAUAGCGAAGCGGCUGUCGAACUCCCUCCCUGACAAGGUCUUCGUCGCGCGCGUAAACGGCGAACUGUGGGACCUCACCCGCCCCUUCGAGUGCGACGCGACGCUCGAGUUGCUCGACUGGGACGAUGAGGACGCCCGCAACGUGUUCUGGCACAGCUCCUCGCACGUACUCGGCUACGCCCUCGAGCGCGUCUUCCACACGCGCCUCUCUGUUGGGCCCGCGCUCGAGGAUGGCGGCUACUUCUACGAGGGCGAGACGAGCCGGCCGCUUUCUGAGACUGACUACACCGCCAUCGAGGCGGCGAUGCAGGAGCUCGUCAAGCAGAAGGUGCCGUACCAACGCCUCACCGUCAGCAAGGCGGACGCGCUGCGGCUCUUCAACUACACAGAGUUCAAGAGCAAGAUCCUCGCGAGCAAGGUGCCAGAGAACGGCACCUGCACGGUGUACCGCUGCGGCAACCUCAUCGACCCGUGCCGUGGCCCGCACCUCCCCGACACCAGCCGCGUCAAGGCGUACGCCGUGACGAAGAACUCCUCGUCCUACUUUGAGGGCAAGGCUGAGAACGCGGUGCUGCAGCGCGUGUACGGCAUCUCCUUCCCGAAGCAGGCGAUGCUCUCGGAGUGGAAGACGCUGCAGGAGGAGGCGGCCCGCCGUGACCACCGCACGGUUGGGAAACAGCAGCAACUCUUCGGCUUCCAUGAGGUAUCACCGGGCAGCGCGUUUUGGCUGCCGCACGGCGCCCGCAUCUACAACGCACUGGUGGAGUUCCAGCGCAAACAGUACCGCCGCCGCGGCUUCGAGGAGGUGGUGUCGCCCAACAUGUUCUCCUCUCGCCUCUGGAUGGUCUCCGGNCACUGGGACAAGUACGCGGAGAACAUGUUCCGCACCGUCGUGGAGAAGGAGGAUCACGGCAUGAAACCGAUGAACUGCCCCGGGCAUUGCAUCAUGUUCGCGAUGCAGCCGCACUCAUACAAGGAGCUUCCUAUCCGCUACGCCGACUUCGGCGUGCUGCACCGAAACGAGCUGAGCGGCGCCCUUACCGGCCUCACGCGCGUGCGUCGCUUCCAGCAGGACGACGCGCACAUCUUCUGCCGCAUGGACCAGGUGCAGGAGGAGAUACAGGGCGCCCUCACGUUCCUCAACGACGUGUACCGCGUGCUCGGCUUCAAGUUCUUCCUCAAGCACGCCACACGGCCGGAUAACAAGCUCGGCACGGAGGAGAUGUGGGACCAGGCGGAGGCGUACCUGCGCGCCGCCCUCAAUCACUUCUGCGGCAUCCCCGAGAAGCUGCCAGACCCCUUCAACGACGGUGCCACAUUCACAUUCGAUGGGCGCAAGGAGAGUAUGAAGAAGUUCCGCGCCCUCAUGAAGAAGCGUGCGGCUAAGAGCGAGGGCGCUGCAGUGGAGGGCGACGACAGCACGUGGGCCGGGCCGACGCACGCCGACGCAUGGGAGGAGAACACCGGUGAUGGCGCCUUCUACGGGCCCAAGAUAGACAUCGUCGUGGAGGACGCGCUGCGGCGCCGUCACCAGUGCGCCACAGUGCAGCUCGACUUCAAUCUGCCGCAGCGCUUCGGCCUCAAGUACACACUCCCCACCGCCGCGGCGGAAGGGGCGGCGGCGGAAGCGCCAUCAGGCGAAAAGCCGAAGGAGCGCCAUGCCGACCCGAACGACGCCGACGCCAAGGCCGAAGAGGCAAAGCCAGCAGCAGCGGCGGCGGGGACUGCCGAUGAGGCACUCUCGUCGUACGACAAGGCGGUGCGUGAUCUCGGCAUUGACCACCGCCUCGACGCCAACCAGGCGCGCCCCGUCAUGAUCCAUCGCGCCAUCUUCGGCUCACUCGAGCGCUGCAUCGCGAUUCUGUGCGAGCACUACGGCGGUGAGUGGCCGCUGUGGCUCAGCCCGCGGCAGGUGAUCAUCGUGCCGGUGUCGCUGGAGAACGCCGCCUACGCCACGCGGGUGCGUGACCUCUUCCAGGGCGAGGGCUUCUACGCGGACGUCGACAACGGCACCGCCACACUCGACAAGAAGAUCCGCAACGCCGAGCUGGCGCGGUACAACUUCAUCUUCGUCGUUGGCCAGGCGGAGGAGGACGCGCAGACAGUGAACAUCCGCACCCGCGACAACCACCGCCACGGCACCAAGACGCAGGAUGAGGCGCUGCGGUGGCUGCGCGAGCUCGUCGACAAGUACGACGCGACCUUUUGA